AUGCGCGCCGCGCCGCCGCCCGCGCGGCUGCUGCUGCUGCUGCUCCUGCUCGCGCUCCGGGGCGCGCCCGCCGCCCGCGCCAGCAGAGCCCAGUCCGCCGCCCCUCCGCAGCCCGGAGCCGCGCGCCAGCCGCGGCCGCCGCCCGGCCCGGGGCCCGGGAACGCCACCGGCACCGGGUCCGGGGAGGCGGCGGGCGGCGGCGGCGGCGGCGGCUCCAACAGCAGCGGCGACGCCUUGGUGACCCGCAUCUCCAGCCUGCUCCGCGACCUGCCCACCCUGAAGGCGGCCGUGAUCGUGGCCUGCGCCUUCACCGCCUUCCUCAUCGCCUGCCUGCUGCUGCGAGUCUUCAGGUCCGGGAAGAGGCUGAGGAAGACUCGCAAGUAUGACAUCAUCACCACUCCCGCCGAGCGAGUGGAAAUGGCCCCGCUGAACGAAGAGGAUGAUGAGGACGAGGACUCCACAGUAUUUGACAUCAAAUACAGGUAAAAUCUGUUCACCAGCGUGCUGGCGUCCUGUGGCAAGCUGGUCAGCUGAGGCUCGGGGUGUGAAGGAUCUGGAAGCUGUCCCAUCCGAGGUGUUGAAACCAAAACAAACAUUAUUCGUGCAACUCUGGCACACUCCUGUGUGUGUGUGUGUGCACACCAUCAGCUCUGUGUGUCACUGCAGGAGACACCACCCUCCACAUGCCCCUUUAAAACGUCACCCCUUCCUUUUCUCCCCAAGAGGGCCUUUGCCUUGCUGAGGGGUAGAAACAGGCUGAUUUUAAAAAUAAUUUUAAAGUAACCCUGUCGACAAAAGUGAGAGAGAUCAGAAGUGACCAAGGACCUAAUGGUUUCUGACAGUCCGCUCUCCUGAUCAGCUACGUUUUAGACGUGGUUUUUCUGGGCUUGUUGGAGCGCUGGCCUUUCAUUGGUGGUGGCUGCAUCCAGGUUUUAGAGUGUGGGGCGUAGAGCUGCUCAGCUUGUAGCAGGUGUAAACAAGUCCUUGUGGUUCCUUUUCUUUCUUUUUCCCAAAGGGUUCAGCAGAAUUGGCCAUGGCUAGCUCACAAAGAAUUCUGAAUAUCAGGGAGAGACCUCUACCUGUGUUUGCUGUGAGUGAGUGUGUAUGUGUGUGUGUGUGUGUGUACACGUGAGAUAAUUUCUCCAUCUCCAAAGAGAAGAGAAAGUGCUCACCUGUCUUCAGUUAGUAAUACCUGUUGCCUGUCACCGUUCUACGUUGUUGGUCUUAGAAAUGGAAUUAAAACAAAAAAUUCACUGUGAUAAUUUGAAUGGUGAUCUGGUUGGCUGAUAAAAAACCCCCUGCCAGGGACUGUGUUUGCUCUUGGUCCAGGAGCCCACCUGGAUGCAGGUGCCGAAUGCAGGAGGGCCCCUCCCGCAGGCGGGGCUGGGAGUCCGGGCGUCGGGUUGUCCCACAGCUCAAGCGCCCAGCACUGCCGGCUCCUGGAAGCGGGGCCUCGGGCUGACUUGGGACGCUAGAGGCCUGCCAUCUCCCAGUAUCCUUCUGGCGAAAGUCUCUGGGCAGUGCCUCGGGGUGCCGGGACCCUGCUCUUCCUGGAAGGGUGUUUGUGAACUCUUCUGUCCCCUCUUUGCUGGCGUUCUGUAGGGCUCCCAUACUUCCCUGUGUACUGGCUGCUCCACCGCUUGGGAUGAAAAACUCCAGCUUUUUCCCACUUGCCGCCUCUAUUCAAAUUCUUCAGUUUCCUGAGAAGAGGUCUGCCCUGCGUUGGGGUCCCCUGGCUCCCAAGCCCCGCUGGGCCUGCCAGGCUGACUCGCCAGCUGUGGGGGACGGAGGACGAUGCUCGGGGACAGCCAGCCUGAAGGUGGGGGCCCGCUGCCCCUUGGUGCCUCCCGUGAGCGCACUGCUUUUGCUGGCCUCCCUUUUCCCUUUCUCUGCCCUGUUUGCUGGAGGGCUGGGCCAACUUUGUCUCUGCCAUCCACCGUGUCCUCACGGGAGGUGACUCAGUGGGCCAGGGCACCUGGGAGCUGUGUGCCCUCAGAACCUUCGAACUGGAGUCACGGCUUCCACUUGCCUUUCCAUCCUCGGAGAAGCUGGUUCUUCUGCCUGACACGUAAACGCCAGGUGCUUGCCACUGGGCCUGGCAGAGGCAGCCCCCAAGGAUGACCCUUCCGGAUGCCAGAGCUCUG